AACUCUGGUGACCCCACGCUGCCAAUCAACCAAUUAACUUCCUCCAGGAGGCUAUAAGACAGGCAGACAUUAGCGGCGGCCUUUCCAUUAGAUACUUUUCUUUUUUGGAGAAGUGUUCAGAUAGAUAUCGAGGAAAGAUGAAUGGUGUUCCCGAGGAGAAAGCUGUCGGUGGUCCGAGGCUGCAGCUGUUCAACUGCGCCCACGUGGACUGUGGAGCGACUUUCACGAGACAGUGGAGACUGAAAGAGCACGAGACGGUGCACACCGGAGCGCGUCCGUGUCUCUGCACCAUCACUGGCUGUGAUCGACGUUUCUCGAGAAAAUCCCACCUGAAGCGCCACGUGCUUCAGCACAGAGGGGUGAAGCAAUUCCAAUGCAAAUUUGCAACCUGCACGCAGAGUUUCAUCCACGCAGGAAAGCUGAAGAGACAUGUGCGCUACGCCCACGGAGACAAAAACAAGUAUUUCAAGUGUAACCAGCCAAACUGCUCAUUGACCUUCAAAAAACGCAGAGUGUUUAAACUGCACGUCCAGGAGCAUGGAGUGCCUGCUAAGUCCAAAUGUUCGAAGGACGGAUGCGUUGCCACGUUUGACUCCCAUAUUGCCCGCAAAGCCCAUGAGAAGACGCAUGCAGGUUACUGCUGCCCUCAUGCUAACUGCCAGGUGUUGGAGCACACCUGGGGAAAACUUCAGAAGCACAUGGCCAAACAUCCAGUCACGUUCACAUGCCAAGUGUGUAAGAAGGUGUUUAAGAAAGCGGACGCUCUGCGGAGGCACAAACGGAUCCACGCGUCCCAUAAGCCCGUGCUGGUUUGUCCCAGGGACGACUGCCAGGCCUACUUCUCCACGACCUUUAACCUGCAGCACCACAUCCGCAAGGUGCACCUCGAGCUCCUCAAAUACAGAUGCUCCUUCCCCGACUGCCCGCGCAUGUUUGCUAUGCGGGAGAGUAUGACCAGACACCUGCUGCGCCAUGACCCGAGCGCCACCAUUCUGAAGAAACGUCAGCGGCCUAAGAAGUCCUGGCAGAAGCGUCUGGAUGGACACCAUCUGCCCGCUGUGGAGGAAAACUUGCGCGGCCUCUUCGCCCUGCGCAUGCGGAUCUCCCGACGCGCCAAAGUGGAAACCAACCUCGCGGGCCUCUUCAAUGAACGCAAGAUCCCUCAUUAUGUUGACCCAGAAGUCAACCUGCGCAAUCUGUUUGGUAUCAAACAGCCUCGCAUUUUAGAGGAGAAGCCUGAGGUCGCACCACUAAAAGGUUAAAUAAAAAUCCAUGUAGUCCAGCAGCACAUUUUGACUGUUAAGUUUGAACUUCCUGAAAUCUGUGCAGUUUAAGUUGGACUGUUUUUCUUUAACUUUUGAGAAAUUGGGUCUCUUUGGUUGAGUUUAAUGUAGCUGCCAUACAUUAAGAUAUUUGAAAGUAAUUAUUUGAAUGUAACUUGACACAUUGAUGAAGAUGUCAAGCUUUUGAGAAUUUCCAAGAUUGAAUUCCAGCUCUUGAAGACAAGUCUUAAUUGAAAUGCUUAUUUUGUAACAUGACAUUUGUUGACCCAAUAAAAUGAUUUACAUUUUGAUCACAGUG